AUGGCACAGCCAGCAGAACAGAUCCUCAUCGCUACAUCUCCAAAGCCAUCCCUCUCACCAGUUGAGCGCCUUUCCGUCGGCUUCAUCGCUGGUACACUUUCCCGUACACUUACAUCCCCACUUGAUGUCGUUAAGAUGCUCAUGCAAGUUUCCUCCCGCGGUGGUUCCGCUAAGGAUACAAUUGCUCAACUCUGGAAGGAGCAGGGCAUCGCCGGCUUCUGGCGUGGCAACUGGGCUGCUUGCAUCAGACUCGGCCCACAAUCCGCUAUCAAGUUCUACGCUUACGAAGAACUCGAGAAGCGUAUCGGCAAGGGCAAGCCACUUGUCGGCAUCCAGCGUACAGUCUUCGGCUCCCUCUCUGGUGUUAUCUCCCAGGUUCUCACAUACCCACUUGAUGUCAUCCGUACACGUAUCACAGUCUACUCAGGCAAGUACACAGGUAUCUUCAACUGCGCAUUCACAAUGCUCAAGGAAGAAGGAUUCACAUCACUCUUCGCUGGUAUCGUCCCAACAGUUAUGGGCGUUAUCCCAUACGAAGGCGCUCAGUUCUACGCUUAUGGUGGCCUCAAGCAACUCUACACAACAAAGAUUGCCCCAGGCAAGCCAAUCUCACCAUGGGCUAACUGCCUUAUCGGUGCCGCUGCUGGUAUGUUCUCACAGACAUUCUCAUAUCCAUUCGAUGUUAUCAGGAAACGCAUGAUGCUCAAGGAUGAGAAGGGCAAGCCAAUCUACAGCGGCAUGAUGCAGGCCUUCUCUACAGUUUACGCCAAGGAAGGCGUUGCCGGCCUUUACCGUGGUGUUGGCCUCAACCUUAUCAAGGUUGUCCCAUUUGCUGCCCUCCAGUUCACAAUCCUCGAAGAAACACGCCGUGCCUUCUUCAAGGUUCGCGCUGCUAUCGACCAGAAGAAGGUCGAAGAGAUCAAGGGAAAGGUUGCUCCAAAGAAGAAAUAA